AGCCCCGGGGCGGUCCCAGAUUGGGUUCCCGGGUCUUAGCCCCGCAGCGGCUGCAGCCCAGGUGCGGUGGGACGGGAGGAUGUGCGGCUGGCCGCUGCUAGUGCUGUGGGCGCUGCUCCCCGCGACGGCUGCGGGGAGCUCGGGCCGCUCGUACCCGCACCGCGUGGUCCUCGACCCCGAAGGCAAGUACUGGCUGCACUGGGGCCGCCAGGGCGAGCGGCUGGCCUUCCGCCUGGAGGUGCGCACGACCGGUUACGUGGGCUUCGGCUUCUCGCCCACGGGGUCCAUGGCCGCGGCAGACAUCGUGGUGGGUGGCGUGGCCAACGGGCGGCCCUACCUCCAGGACUAUUUCACAAAUGCAGACAAAGAAUUGAAAAAGGACGCCCAGCAAGAUUACCACUUAGAUUAUGCCAUGGAGAACAGUACACACACGGUGAUUGAGUUUAGCAGAGAUCUGCACACAUGUGAUGCCAAUGACAAGAGUCUCACGGAUAGCACAGUGAGAGUUAUCUGGGCCUAUCAUCAUGAAGAUCCUGGAGAAUCUGGUCCCAAGUACCAUGACUCAAAUAGGGGCACAAAGAGUCUACGGUUACUGAAUCCUGAGAAAGCCAACGUAUUGUCUACAGUCUUACCGUACUUUGAUCUGGUAAAUCAAGAUGUCCCCAUUCCAAACAAAGGCACAACAUACUGGUGCCAAAUGUUUAAGAUCCCUACAUUCCAAGAGAAGCAUCAUGUGAUAAAGGUAGAGCCAAUAAUAGAGCGAGGCCAUGAGAACAUGGUCCAUCACAUCCUGCUCUAUCAAUGCAGCAGCAACUUCAACGACAGUGUUCUGGACUUCGGCCAUGAGUGCUACCACCCAAAUAUGCCAGAUGCCUUCCUCACCUGCGAAACUGUGAUUGCCGCCUGGGGCAUUGGUGGAGAGGGCUUUACCUAUCCACCUCAUGUCGGCUUAUCCCUUGGCAUGCCACUGGAUCCUCGUUAUGUUCUUUUAGAAGUCCAUUAUGAUAACCCAGCACGGAAGAAAGGCUUAAUAGACAGUUCUGGGCUGAGGUUUUUCCACACUACAGAUAUAAGGAGAUAUGACGCAGGGGUGAUUGAGGCUGGCCUCUGGGUGAGCCUCUUCCACACAAUCCCUCCAGGGAUGCCUGAGUUCCGUUCUGAGGGUCACUGUACUCUGGAGUGCCUAGAGGAGGCCCUGGGAGCUGAGAAACCAAGUGGAAUCCACGUGUUUGCAGUUCUUCUCCAUGCUCACCUGGCAGGCAAAGGCAUCAGGCUGCGUCAUUUUCGCAAGGGAGAGGAAAUGCAGUUGCUGGGUUAUGAUGAUGCUUUUGACUUCAAUUUCCAGGAGUUUCAGUAUCUGGCAGAAGAACAAACAAUCUUACCAGGUGAUAACCUGAUCACUGAAUGCCGGUAUAACACCAAGGACCGAGCUGUGAUGACGUGGGGAGGACUAAGCACUAGGAAUGAAAUGUGUCUCUCAUACCUUCUUUAUUACCCAAGAAUCAACCUAACCAGGUGUGCCAGCAUCCCGGACAUCAUGGAACAGCUGCAAUUCAUUGGCGUGAAGGAGAUCUACAGACCUGUCACGACAUGGCCUUUUAUCAUCAAAAGCCCUAAGCAGUACAGAAACCUUUCUUUCACGGAUGCAAUGAACAAGUUUAAAUGGACCAAAAAAGAAGGGCUGUCCUUCAAUAAGCUUGUCCUUAGUCUGCCCGUGAAUGUGAGAUGCUCCAAGACAGACAACGCAGAGUGGUCGAUUCAAGGGAUGACGGCAUUACCUCCUGACAUCAAAAGGCCUUAUAAAGCGGAAGAGAAGGUGUGCAGGACGUUGGCUUCUGCUUCGGCUUCCUCGCCUCUGCGCGCCGUUUUCUCUCUGGGCUUGCUCACCUGCUCUCUGCUUCUUGGAAGCGUGCUAAGCACUCAGGGCGUGUGACUGCUUAUGUUAUACUAUAGUUGGAAUAUGAGACUGUCUUUUAAAGUCAGGUUAAAGGUGUGCUCAUGGUAGGCCUGAAGAGAAGGGUGGGAGCGAGAGCCUGGAGCCUUUAAUCCCUCACACAGGCUCCUUCCCAGGCUACUUGAGCGAUGCCACUGCGGUUUUCUGGGUUUCUUAAAAGUCGUUGUUCUGUGAGUAUGAUUAAUAGAAUAAAGUGGACUUGAUUUAACCACUUUGCAGGUUCAGCACAUCAAGUGGAAAGAAAAGUAUCUUUAAUGUUUCAACAUUCCAUGUGAUUUCAACUCUCAUUGUUCAACUUGACACUCGCUACCCUUCUCACAAACACGGUUACCUUAGCAGCAUUAGCGGGGAGGAGUUACUCUCCGCUCCUCCUCUUUGCUUGUCUUCCCUUUUGCUGUAACUUGCCAGGGUGAGCACAGCCCUCUCUCCAACUUGUCCCAGUCCCCAUGUUUCUCCGACUUUACUCCCAGACCUCUGACCUCAGUGUUUAUCUCUGCAUCUUUUGUUUCCUUGCCCGGCCAAGUCAGUGUGAUGCCCAAGCCCACAUCAAAAUAUUUCCCAGUCUCUCUGGCACUGCCCAGCUGAAUUUUUUUUUUUUUUUUCUUAAGCUCUGCAACUGUCUUAAGGAGAUUUUAUUUUGAUAAGUGUAGAGAUGAUGGCGGCUGAUUGCUGACUGAGGAAAACAACGGAGAGCUGCUGUGGAGGGUUCUAGAUGGGGUGAGAUUACAAAGAAGAGUGGACAGUGUGGGCAUGCAGGAGGCCAUGGGGUCUGUAAGGUCCCUCGACACUGAGUGUUACCUUCUGGGUCAAUCUGAGUCACAUUUCCUAUAAUAGACUUAUUUUUAUAUUAGUUAAUAAGCUGACUUCCAAUAUAAAAUUGCCACCAACUGAAGAUCUUAUCUUUUGGUUCUCUUUGUAUUAUCUGCUUAAAUCUUGUUUUAUGUCCUAUCUUCAUCCAUUCAAGCUGAAUGUUUGGAUCAUAUUAAUAAGCUUAAUGGAAUUAAAGGUUUUGUAUAAUAUCUUAUGUGAUUCAUGAGAGGAUCAACUUAUUGUGUACUGUUGUCAAUAAAAUCAUAAAUAAUGAGAAACAUUAUUUUUCUACUUUAAGCCCUUUCUGUCUUACAAACACAAACUAUAUUGUCACUUAAAUAAAUAUAUGUCUUAGAGUCUUUACUUCUU